UGUCCAUCUCCUUCCAGACCCGGAGCUCCUCGGAGCAGACAUGAAGGAAUACGUGCUCCUCUUGCUGCUGGCCUUGGGCUCGGCCAAACCCUUCUCCAGCCCUUCGUAUCUGACCCUCAAGAACAUGAUGCUCAAGGACAUGGAGGAUGCAGACGACGACGACGAUGACGAUGACGACGAUGACAAUUCCCUCUUCCCAACUAGGCAGCCCAUCAUGCCCUUCUUCCCUUUCGAUCUGUUCCCGUCGUGCCCCUUUGGAUGCCAGUGCUACUCCAGGGUCGUCCACUGCUCUGACCUGGGUUUGACAUCGAUCCCAAACAACAUCCCGUUUGAUACCAGACUGAUAGAUCUUCAAAACAAUAAAAUCAAGGAGAUCAAAGAGAAUGACUUUAAAGGACUCGCUUCCCUUUAUGGCCUCAUGCUAAACAACAACAAGUUAACCAAGAUCCACCCCAAAGCCUUUCUGCCCGUCAAGAAGCUUCGAAGGCUCUACCUGUCCCACAACCUGCUCACCGAGAUUCCCAUAAACCUUCCCAAGUCAUUGGCAGAACUCAGGAUUCACGACAACAAAGUUAAGAAAAUACAAAAGGGGACGUUCAAAGGAAUGAAUGCUUUACACGUCUUGGAAAUGAGCGCCAACCCGCUGGAGAACGACGGAAUCGAUCCCGCAGCCUUUGAAGGAGUGACGGUCUUUCACAUCCGAAUUGCGGACGCGAAGCUGACCUCCGUCCCCAAAGGCCUCCCGUCCUCUCUGCUGGAGCUGCACUUGGACGACAACAAAAUCUCCACCGUGGAGCUGGAGGAUUUUAAGCGGUACAAAGACCUCCAAAGGCUGGGCCUCGGGAAUAACAAGAUCAAGGACAUCGAGAAUGGCAGUCUGGCCAACAUCCCGCACGUGAGGGAAAUCCACUUGGAGAAAAACAAGCUGAAAAAGGUGCCCCCCGGCCUACAGGACCUGAAAUACCUCCAGGUGAUCUUCCUCCAUCACAACAACAUCACCAGAGUCGGGGUCAAUGACUUCUGCCCCACAGUCGCGAAGAAGAAGAAAUCCUUAUACAGCGCCAUCAGUCUAUUCAAUAACCCCGUGAAAUACUGGGAGCUGCAGCCGGCCACCUUCCGCUGCGUCUUAAGCCGAAUGAGCGUCCAGCUCGGGAACUUCCGGAAGUAGGGCCCGGGAAGGAACCCGCCGACACCCACGGGCCUCUAGGGAAACCUCUCAGGAUACUUGAAGUCUGUUAAGGUCGGACAAGUCUCAGCCCGAGUUCAGCUUACAAAACAGCUCUCUUUGAUUGGACGUUGUAAACACGGCACGUGAUUGGACGAGUCCUGUCCUUAAUUGACAAAAACCAAGGCAGAAUUUCCAAAGUCGGUAGGGACCCAGAGCUAUAGAGCUUAGCUUCUUUUUCCCGAGAUAAUGUCAGAUGACACGGUUCCUAAUUUUUUUUUUUUUUUUUACUAAAAAUGCAAGAUUAAUAGGCCAAACUUUUGCCCUUAUGCCUUUUUACUAACCAUUCUGAAUAGGAGAAUGAUGCCUGUGGGAUACUGAGUUCCGCAGAGAUCGAUUCACGGUCACAAAAACCGACCCGACAAGAACGACGACGUCGGGGCGAUGACCCGGCCUGGGCCUCGUUCUGUCCCUGAGGAAUCGGGCAGUACUGUAACGCAGUCCUUCUGGGGCCUGAGCAGGCCUGGAGAAUAGGGAGAGGAACUCCUCCCGGGCUCCAGGUGGGGCGCCCCAGAGGCCCAGCUCAGUCACUGCCCCGCGGUUCCCGACGGGCUCCAAGCGAGGACGUUUGCCUUUCGCGUAAUCACAGAACCUACGUAGAAAACUAUAUCUGUAGUGAGUUAGUGAGCUUCUAUUAGCCAAACCUAUAAUCGCCUGCUCCAUUAUAUAUCUCUCUGUGCUUCUCAUGUCAUAUCGCUAGACCAUGUGCAAUUACACAGUGUAACCUCACUACCCGGGGCCUCUUGGGGGGUCACGGAGCCCCCCUUCGGGACCAUCUCUUCCUGGCAACCAAAGCUUGCCUGCAGGCCGCUCAAACUGGGUAGCAUUACGAGAUAUUGUUCUAAGAGAUCUGUAGCUUCUGUAAAAUAUACAAAUAUUUAAAGUUUUGUAUAAAACCGAGGGAUAUUGUCUGUAUCUCCUUACCUCCAUAUUUAUUGGUAGCAGCCCAGCUAAGUUAAGUCAAAUUUGAGAAUAAGAAUACAUUAUUAAACGGGUUUGAUUCAUAUCCAA